GUGAGACGUAAACAUAACACACAAUCACUUGACAUGUUUUGCCACUCAAUCACACAUCACUUCCAGACCUGAAGACCAUUCAUGUCAUAAUACAGACAAUACUCUUCGUCUCAAAAUGGAUAUCAAACCCGAAAAUAUGCUUUCAUUGAAAGUGGGUCGGGUUGUGUCCAAACAGACACCAAUCAAGCACUUCAUAGCUGUGGAGGAAUACAACGCAUUCAUCGGAACCGAUGACACACUGGAAACGCUAAACCUGUCGCCAAGUCUGGCCCAAGAGUGGCGUCUUUUGCCCCAAAACUUCGGAAACGUAUAUUUGGGCGAAACGUUUGCUUUUAUCAUAAACUGUACCAACGAUUCGGUCAAAGAGAUGGUCACCGAUGUUGUGGUCCGAAUCGACCUCCAGGUCGGCAAUAAGGCCGCCAUUUUGGGCGAAAUGAAAGCAUCGGUUUUGGACGCGAAG